GAUAGCGAUUGGCGGUUAACUUUUACAAGUUCUAUGAAACUAAACUGAUAAAUAUUCAUAGUAUUAUUGUAAUAAUAUAUCUCUGGUAUUAUUUCUGUUGGAGUGCUCAUUCUUCACUUUUAUAAUGGCUAUCCUUUUACAUGUCGAAGUUGUUCAACGAAGGCAAAGUCGUGCAAGUAAAGAAUAUAUCAAAGAUUUAGUGCAUACGUUUUUAGCCAACUUUGUAUCUCUCACACCAGGUGCUUCUCUAACUGAUGAUGAUUUCUACGAGAAUCAAGAAUUAAUGGAACAUGUUCAAUGUAUAACGUUUUGCGAUGUAGAAAAUGAUUCUUCUGCAGUAGUGUUAACAGAAUGUGAAAUUAAAUAUCACAUAUACACUUUGGACACAUUUGGUGCCGAGACUGAUACAAUGAUGGACUCUGCAUCUGGGGAAGAAAUAGCUGCUGCAGAAGUUUGUGCUUUGCCAGCAGAACAAUUUCACGGAUUAUGGGAGAGUUUAGUUUAUGAUUCAAAAUUAAAAGAAGACACAUUGCGAUUUGUUGAAACAGCUUUUGAAUUUUCAGAUCGCAAUGUUGAUUCUAAUAUAAUUAGCUGGAAUCGAGUUGUACUAUUACAUGGUCCACCAGGCACUGGAAAAACGAGUCUUUGUCGGGCUCUUGCUCAGAAACUUGCUAUUCGUCUUAGUCAUAAAUUCCCUCGAGCUCGCCUUUUAGAAAUUAAUGCACAUGGACUCUUUUCUAAAUGGUUUUCUGAAAGUGGGAAGUUAGUAGCAAAAUUAUUUGAUCGUAUUCGAGAAAUAGUGGAGGACAAAAGACUAUUUGCAUGUAUUCUUGUUGAUGAAAUAGAAUCUCUUGCUCAUACCCGUCGUGCUGCAAUAGCGGGAUUAGAGCCCUCAGACUCCAUAAGAGCAGUGAAUGCAAUCCUCACACAACUAGAUAGGUUAAAACAUCAUCCCAAUGCAUUAGUUUUGACCACAUCCAAUGUGACAGGGGCCAUUGAUGUAGCAUUUGUUGACAGAGCAGACAUAAAGCGCCUUGUGGGUCCACCCUCAGAUCGUGCUGCUUAUAAGAUACUACAUGGCUGUUGCUGUGAGUUAAUGAAUCGUGGUGUUGUGGUUCCUAAAGAAACAUUGCUGACAUUACAUGUGCUGGAAGCCUCGAGAUUUGCAGACUCGGAAGGUUCUAGAGCUUCAUUACAAUUGCGUGAAGUUGCAAUGGAGGCAGCUGCUGCAAAUAUGUCAGGGCGAGCACUAAGACGCCUCCCAUUUCUGGCAAAAGCACUACAUGCUCCAGCACAAGUGAACUUAAUACAGUUUAUUGAUGCGCUUAACCUAGCUUUAAAACAAUAUCUAAGUGACAUACAGGACUUAAAUGAUUGACAUUAUUAUUUACUUUGUUUUAUAUUGAUUCAAUAUUCAGUGAUCUAGCAGUAAGUGAAUGUAAAACAAACAUUUUGUACUGUAAUAUAGAUAUGCAAAAAAAAAUGAUUUUAUAAUUUGUUUCUAUUCUAUAUGAAAUAAAUAUUUUUAUAUUCA